AUUUUUGAAGUAUCCUCGCUUGCGACGAAUAGAGAGUAUAAUGGGUUGACCUUUUCCGCCGCCGAUUGGCAGCAAGCAACUCUCACUGUCACUUCUCCUCCGCCGAGAGGAAAUGAUGCAGGCAAUUCUACCCCCGACGCACUUGACAGUCCCGGCCUCGCUUACCAAGGUUGCGUGGAUUAAUGGCCGCCGCUCAUUUUCUGUUCAUCCGAUAUGCCGGCAUCGGGAUCGUCGAGGACCGUCCUGGCUGUCAUCUCCACGAUCGGCUCCCCCAGUCAUGAGCUGCAGUGGGAUUGCAUUUGACAUCAAAGGUGGCAAAGGAAUGAGUGGGUUUCUUGAUGUUGAGCUCAAAGUCCGGGACUAUGAACUAGAUCAGUAUGGUGUUGUAAACAAUGCUGUUUAUGCAAGUUAUUGUCAACACGCUCGCCAUGAACUUUUAGAAAGGAUUGGUGUCAGUGCGGAUGCAGUUGCACGCAAUGGUGAUGCAUUAGCGCUUUCAGAGCUCUCACUCAAAUUCCUUGCGCCACUAAGAAGUGGAGACGAGUUUGUUGUGAAAGUGAGGGUCUCUGGCUCCUCAGCAGCUCGUUUAUUCUUUGAACACUUCAUCAUCAAGUUACCGAAUCAAGAGCCCAUUCUAGAAGCCAAAGCCACUGCAGUUUGGCUCAACAAAAGCUAUCAUCCUGUUCGUAUCCCCCCCGAGAUUAGAUCUAAAUUGGUUCAAUUCCUCCGCCACGACAAACCCAGUUGACUUUAAUUGCAUGAGAACUUUGUUGAGGCAGAAAAAACAUUUGUUGCCAGAGAGACGCUGGAAUGAGUAAAUUUGCUUCUGGCCCUCACUUUGCUCCCACAAGGGAAGAGCAAAAAGAAGGGAAGGGGGCUGGUGGGAUUGAAAAGCGAAGCUAUUCCACUUAGCAAAUAGAUUCAUCCAUUUCAUGAGGAGAGAUUUACUUUCUGAUGUAUCUUGCUUUUUCAGCCCCGGAGGUUUUGUGAUUCAAACCACUGUCACAAAUGUGAAAAUAGAAAUCGAUCAAGGUUCCAAUUUU